GGAGCUUCUCAAACGUUUACACGAUUGUCAGCAUGAAGGCCCUGAUAUUCCUGGCUCUGCUUGGAGCUGCGUUUGCUGCAGCUGAGGAUGACAAGAUUGUCGGAGGGUAUGAGUGUCCCAGAAACUCUGUUCCCUACCAGGUGUCUCUGAAUGCUGGAUACCACUUCUGCGGUGGAUCCCUGAUCUCCAGCCAAUGGGUGUUGUCUGCUGCUCACUGCUUCAAGUCUCGUAUCCAGGUCCGACUCGGUGAGCACGACAUCCGCGUGAACGAGGGCACCGAGCAGUGGAUCGACGGCGCCAAGAUGAUCAGGCACCCGCAGUACAACAGCUACAACCUGGACAACGACAUCAUGCUGAUCAAACUGAGCCGCCCUGCCACCCUCAACAGCUUCGUCCAGACCGUGGCCCUGCCCUCCCGCUGCCCCGUGGCUGACGAGAACUGCCUGGUGUCCGGGUGGGGCAACACGCUGGCCAACGGCAACAACUCUCCCGACAGGCUGCAGUGCCUGAGGCAGCCCAUGAUCGAUGACAGGAUCUGCAGGAACGCCUACCCAGGGCUCUUCACCGAGAACAUGCUCUGCUCCGGGUUCAUGCACGGGGGUGCCAGCAGCUGCCAGGGCGACUCUGGAGGUCCUCUGGUGUGUAGUGGUCAGCUGCAGGGGGUCGUGUCCUGGGGUUAUGACUGCGCCAUGCAGGGACACCCCAGCGUCUACGCCCGUGUGUGCCGCUACAACAGCUGGAUCAGCUCUGUUAUGGGCAACAACUGAAGACACACAAUCCCCCCCCACACCCA